AAUCCCUUUGCACACUUCUACAAACAUGUUGAAGAUGCUACUUGUGGUGUUGCUGUUUUUAAGUGCACUGGGACCUGUUUUAACAAUCAGACUGGAUGGAAAUGGGUACAGUGAUAUUCUUGUAGUUAUCAGCCCCAACGUGCCAGAGAAUGAAGAAAUUAUUAAUCAAAUCAAGGCAAUGAUUGUAACUGGGUCAAAAAUUCUUUUUGAAGCUUUAGACCACAAGGUGUUUUUCAAGGAGGUGAAAAUUCUAGUACCAACAAACUGGACAAACAGAACGUAUGAGAGAGCAACAACAGAAACCUUUGACAAGGGCAAAAUAAGAAUUGAUGAUGCAAAUCCUGCAUUUGGUAAUGAUCCAUACACUCGCCAGACCCAAGGUUGUGGACAGGAGGCUGAAUACAUUCACUUUACUCCAGACUUCUUGUUAGACAGCAGCCUUAUAGAUGUAUAUGGACCUUCAGGUAUAUUUCAUUUUUAUUUUGAAAUAUUAUUGCAAUUACAAUAACUGAAUCUGUAUCAAGCUAUGAGUUUUGUUGUACAUUUUGUACUUUCAGGAAGGGUUUUUGUGCAUGAAUGGGCUCACCUCAGGUGGGGCGUAUUUGAUGAAUAUAAUACAGAAAAGCCCUUUUACCUGUCUGCUGGUCAGAUUCAAGCAACAAGGUGUACAGAUAAGAUUACUGGUGUGGCGUAUGAAAUAGUUAAUGGUGUCCUUCGUCAAUGCCAGAUUGCUGUAAAUGGACUACCCACAUCCGACUGUGAAUUCUAUCCACAUGCAAUGCAAAAGACAAAUGCCUCAAUAAUGUUCAUGCUAGGCAUAGAUUCUAUGACAGCAUUUUGUCACGAAGGGGAUCACAACUAUGAAGCUCCCAAUGAUCAGAACAGCAAGUGUGGAAAAGCAACACGUACUGUAAUCUUUAAGGACUCAGUAGAUGCAAUCUCACUUAACACUCUAAAUCCUCUGCCAUCCCCACCACCAGUACCAACAUUCAGAGUCAUAAAGAGAGGACUUCGGGUUGUCUGUCUAGUCCUAGAUGUCUCAGGAAGCAUGCAGGGAAUGAGAAUACAACUACAAAAACAGGCUGCUACGGUUUUCCUAAGCCAAAUCAUAAAUGAGAAACAGUUUGUGGGUCUUGUGACUUUUAGUACUAAUGCUCAAAUACUAAACUCAUUGACAGAAAUAGAUGGACAGGCCAAAAGAAAUCUUUUAAUUAACAAGUUGCCAACAGCCGCAAGUGGGUCUACAUAUAUCUGUAAAGGACUAAGGAAAGGUUUUGAGGUCCUUCGUGUGGAUGAUGGUGAAACAACAGGAGAUGAAAUUAUUUUUCUGACAGACGGGGAAGCAACUGAUAAUGUUCAGGAUUGUUUCCAGGAUGCUGUUCAAAGUGGUGCAAUAAUUAGCACUAUAGCAUUAGGCCCACAGGCAGACAAUGUACUGAGAAUGAUGGCAAAUGUAACAGGGGGAAUCUUUAGAGUAGCCAAAGACACUAUAAGUUCCAAUGAGCUUGUGGAUGCCUUUUCCGCAAUGACAAUAUUUGAUGGAAAUCCCACUUCACAGCCCAUACAGCUCGAAAGCACUGGAGGGGAUUUUGAAAGUUGGUUCAAUGGAACAGUUACGCUUGACCGGACUGUAGGAAACCGCACCAUGUUCACAUUAAUUUAUGAAAGAAGUGCACCCAGUGUGUAUAUAAAGUCACCAAGUGGUUUGGUUUAUGAUCAGAGAAAUACCACUGACAGUGCUAACACAAUCACUUUAACUGUUCCAGGAACUGCAGAGGCAGGGGAUUGGGAAUACAGCUUCCUCAACAGAGAAAUGGCUGCUCAAGAAAUGAGUUUAACAGUAAUGAGUCGGGCAGCUCGUGAAGAUGUUUACCCAGUCACAGUUACAACCAGAAUAGACCAGCAAUCGCGUGAUGGCAGCAAACCCAUGAUCGUGUUGGCUGAAGUCAGUCAGAACUACAAUCCUGUGUUGGGGGCUAACGUUUCGGCGACCCUGGAGUCAGACAAAGGGCACUCCGUAAAACUGGACCUCCUUGAUAAUGGAGCAGGAGCUGAUGCUUUCAAAGAUGAUGGCAUAUAUUCCAGAUACUUCACAGACUUUAAACUUGGAAAAUACAGUCUAAAAGUGAGAGUGGAAAAUCAAAAUGAAAGGGUUCAGUUCUCUCCCUAUAGACACAACGGUGCUCUGUACGCUCCUGGAUAUAUAGUGGAUGGUAAAGUGGAAUUAAACCCUCCUAAGCCCCCAGUGAAUGUGCAGCCAGUAGAUGUAGGCAGCUUCACCAGAACAGCAACUGGGGAGAGUUUUGCGGUGGAUGUGAAUGCAGUUACAAACUUUCCUCCAAACAAGAUCACAGAUCUAAUUGCUGAAAUCCAGGGGGAUACCGUGUUGCUCAACUGGACGGCUCCUGGUGAGGAUUUUGAUCAGGGAACAGCUGAUUCCUAUGAAAUCAGAUGGAGUGAAGAUUUGACUAUGCUUCGAAACAACUUUAACAGCGCUUAUUUAGUCAACACUUCGGGACUUCAGCCUCGGGCGUCAGGAUCUCCUGAAGAAUACUCUUUCCAGCCUGAUAUUAGAAUUCAAAAUGGCACCACACUUUUCUUUGCUAUUCAAUCAAAGGACGAACAGUCAGCAGUGUCUGAGGUUUCAAACGUUGCUCGAGCAACAAAGUAUGUCCGAGGCCCCAGACCCCCAUCUAUUUCAAAUGAAGGCUUGAAUCUAACGGCUAUCAUCGUAUCAGUCUGUGUGGUGACCAUAGUGGCUUGUGUUAUAACUGUCAUCAUCACAUGUUCACUAAAACGAAAAAAUUAUGGGUAGAACUUAAUAUGACAAAGGAUACACUAUAACUGCAAGCAUAAAUGUUCAGAUUCAAUGUACUACUCCAAUCUGAUUAAAAAUUAUUGUGUUAAAUUAUAAAAAUCAUUAUAAUAAAUAUGUAAUAAAUAUGUAAGCAUAAAUAUAAAUAUAACUAUUAUUUGCACAUAUUUAGGCUAAAGAAUGCAUGUGUGUCAAAAUUACUUUAUGUUCAAGUAAAUCUGAUCUCUAGCACUGUUUUGGUAGCAGUGAGACUGCUUCACUUACUGUUUAAGAGAAUGAAUAACUUCACUGUAUUUUAAAGGUUAAAAAUGUAUUUAAAGCUGGUAUAUUUAUUUUCUUUUUUAAUAAGGAGUUUGCUAUUGGAAAAUAUCAUAUUUACAGAUGUUAAGACAUUCAAUAAAAAAACAAACAAACAAAACCAGAUACAGUGCAAAACCCAAAACAGCACUACUUAGCGGAGCAGCUCAAACCAGUAUAAACUUAACGGAUCAGAACUGGUCAGAAUACACUUAGUGGAUCAAAUGCAAGACAAAUGUCAAUUGAGUUGAG